UCUGUUCCGGGCCAAUAUUUUUGCUAUUUCAUGUUCAUCAUCUUUCAUCAUUGUACGUACAUAAAAAGUGUUUAAAAAUAAUUGUUUUGUGUUAUUUUCAUUUAAAUAAAGUUCUCUAAACUUGCAUCCAUUGGUAAACAACAAUAAAUAGACUAUCAACUCAAAACAUUCCAACAUCCAACAUUCCAUUCCGGCAAAGGAUAACAUCUGAAUAAUCGAGUUCAUCAACACACCUUAAAAUGUCCGAAAAGAAAAACAAAAUUUUGUAAAUUAGCACAUGGCCUUUAAACAAGGCAGUGACGUCGAUGAAAACCCAAACAAAUUAACUUUCAGGAAAUAAAUUGGACAAAUUUCAAUUCACCAUCACGAACUCAAAACAAGAAGAGAUGAGUUCAUGAAAAGCAAGAGUCAUCUGAAAAUGCAUAGGCUAAUCUAUUAGCUUUGGGGCAGGCGGCAGGUUGAGUCAGGAUGUUGGACAAAAUCCAAUUUUAGAAAAGCUAUUUCAUGACAGUCUAGAAAGAAAAACAAAUUUAGUUUUCAAUUUAAAUUAGAUGAAUCAGUGCACUGCGUGUUUUGAUAGUUUAUAGGUACUGUAAAAGUUAUUGCAAGAAGUUCCGGUCAUUAAUUUUUAUAAAUUUUCUGCUAUAAGAUGAAUACUUUAGUAAAUAAAUUUUUCAUAAUGACUUCCGAGGCUGAGUUCUUAAAGUGUUAUAGCAAAAUUAAAUUAGGAUAUUCUGAAGUCAUAAAACACAUUGACGCUUCGGUUACCCUAGAAGAAGAAGAGAACGUUGAUGAAGCUUUGCGCAGCUACAAUAAAUGUAUUGAAGCUAUAGAUGCAAUUUUUGCGAUUCCAGUUGGAUUACCUGAUAAUGUUGAAGCUGUACAAAGUCAAUGGAACGAUGCAUGCAAUAUUAUUCAAAAAUUGAAAACAUUUCGUUCCGAAGUAAUUUACAGACGUUCAUGUAUCGAAUCCAAGGUGACAAAAGUUGAUGGAAUUUCAUCCGAAGAUGAUUCAACCCAACCCAUUCCAAAGAAAAAGUCUACUGAAACAUGUGCAGACGGGGCCAUAACCGACGCCAAUACUACGAAAAUGUCGCCAAGUUGUUUAUCUAAGAAUUCAACUCCGUUUGCGAUAGCGAAUGAAUCAGGCAUUCCAAUGACAUACAGACAAAUCAUAAAAGGACUUCGUGUUGCCAUCGGCACUGCGGAAACUCCACUAACCUUUGACACAAUAUUUGAAUCUAAUGCAAAGUUAUAUAAAAUUCAACCAAACGGAGCAGUGACCAGCGCAGAGAAUGGAACUCAACUCCAAUUAGCGAUCAUUGGCACAGAAUCGCCUGAAUGGAAAUACCUCAAUAACAUGUACUUCAUUCACUGCCAAAUGAAUGUGAACAGUUGUGCGGAACCAUCGAACCAAGAGAUGUCCUGGGUAUAUCCACUCGUUCCUGGGAUAACAACAUGUUUUCGCACAGAGUAUGGGGCUUUUAUUUUCCCUGAUAUGGAAGCCGAUGAGCCGGGCACAGCAUUUGGAAUUAUUCUCGAAGGCCAAGAGCCAGAGUACAAUCAAUUUUGGUUAGAUUUAAUCGAAGCUAUUAUAACUGGAGAAGUUAUGGAACUUAAAGAAGGUCCGUCUCGUCGUGCACCAAGAGAUGUUAGCACAACAGUUUCAAAGACCAUUGUUGGGACAGCUGAUUUCAUAGCCAAGAACCUUGUGAAAGGAGCUGAAAAAACUGGAGAACUUAUGGUCAAGUCAACUCCAUAUUUAAUAUCAAAGAUGUCUCAGGCUCCUCCCGAUACACCUCCAGUUUCUUCUAAGGUUCAAACUUCAGUUGAAGUUGCAAAAAAUGUGUCCGGUGCAGCUGUAGGAGUCACGGGUUAUAUUGCCGGCAAGGUCGGGUGUGCCACAAUGGCGAUAGGACGUUUUUUAGCACCUCAUAUUAAAAAUCAAGGAGCAAACAUACUCUCAGUCGGUUUUGGUUUGAGUGAGGAAGACGCACAAGAUAAAAUGCAAGGAGCAUUUACUAUUGCUGCCGGUGCAGUGGAAGGCUUCAGCACAGUUUUCAAUGGACUUGAAGAAUCUGCAAAAAUUCUAGGCACAAAUUUAAGCAACAAUUCUGUUAAAAUUAUUGAGCACAAAUAUGGACCAUCUGCAGGCCAAGUGGCUUCUGGAACUUUUGAUACGCUUGGAAAUGCUUUCACUGUAAGUCAGAAUGUAAAAUAUAUCACUCCCAAAGGAAUUGCAAGGCGAGUUGCUAAAAGCACUGGUAAGGGUGUUUUUGAGAUUUACAAAAAUGGACAGCGUCCAGAAUCGCAUUAUGUGCCAGCUGGCGUUUUGUAUCCUGAUUUGAGUGAAUUGAAAGAGCAAUAUUCGAAAAAGUAAAUUCUCAUAAUAGGUAUAGUCUAUAAAUAUAAAUUGUAACUUAUGUCAGCCCUAAAUUGUGGUAUCUGUUCAAAAACUAACGAACAUCAAAAGUAUUCUUUGUCGAAAAUAAAUUUUAAAUAUCGAUGCAGAACUCAAGUAGUAAAUAUUGUAGAUGGUAUUCAAUAAGAUAUUAAAUGGGACCUGUGAUUGAUUAGCUACCAACAUUAAGUCAAGUUUUAUUUGACAAUCAAAGCUAUCCAAUCAGACUCCAUUGAAAAAGUGACUUGCCUAAACAAUUUUUAUUAAAAUGUAAAAGAAAAAAUAGAACUCAAAAAAUCCGACAUAUCCAAUUUUGCGUAACCUAAACUCUCAAACCAAAGAGCGAUCUGUUCAAACUAAUAAACAAUUCGUCGAUCUUAUUUGUCCGAUAUGUCGUAGUACAUGAGUUUUUCUCUUUUCUUUAAAUACUUUAAUAAAAUAAUAAAAACAAAACAUAUCGUACAAAUUUUUAUUUCUUCCCGAAGAGAUACUCACUAUAGGGUUGGUAAUAUUAAAAUCUUUCGAAUCUCGUGUUGUUUUGUCUUCUCAUUAUUUAUUAAUUAAUUUUUACACCUAAAAUAAUAAUAAUAAUAAUGUAUGUAUACCUAAUACUAAUUUUGUAAUUUGUGCUAAAUAGGGAAAGAAGUAUUGUUAAAUAUAUUCUAAUAAUUGUUAAUGUAUUGUGCGUUAUUGUUUGUUGAAAAGUGAAAUAAAAGUAAACUUGUAUAAGAUAAAAUGGAAAA